GAAAAAAGAAAUCUUUAAAUUUUUGUUUGUUUUUAAAUUUAUUAAAUUUGCUGAUCAAACGAUAUAGCAACAAGAUAAGCAAAAAAACUGUCAAGACACAAUUACGAUUGUUAACGGCAAAGCAAACACCAGAUAAGGACAGCAGAUUUUUUUCCUACUCAUCAUCAUUAUCAUCAUCUUCAUCAAUUGUUUUUAUCAUUCAUUUGAGUGUACAAACUAUAAAAACUUUGGCAUUUAAACAUUGAAUUUUUUUUUUCAUUUCACCACCAGAGCUUCAGUAUUCAAGCAUUGAAGGACAUUCCAAUUUUUUUUUUGGUCGAACGAAAAAAAAAACAUCAAUCAAUCAUGAAUCAAUCACAAAUUCGAAUGAAUUUUCAUACUGAUUGUGAAAAUGGUAUUAAUAAAUUGAUCAAUCUUCAAUUGCGUGCAUCCUAUAUAUUUCAACAGAUGGCCAAUUAUUUUAAUCGUGAUGAUGUAGCAUUAUAUGGAUUUGAAAAUUUUUUUAUUGAAUCUUCAUUGAAAGAACGUAAAAAUGCUGAACAAUUUAUGAAAUUACAGAAUCAACGUGGUGGCCGUAUCAUUUUGGAUGAUAUACGAAAACCAUUACAACAAACCUGUUCAUCCGGAUUAGAAGCAAUGAAUGUUUCGAUUGAAUUGAAAAAAACAAUCAAUCAAUCAUUAUUAGAUUUGCAUGGUUUAGCAUCUAAACAUAAUGAUCCACAUUUUGCCGAUUUUAUUGAAUCACAUUAUCUUGAUGAACAGGUUGAAGAUAUUCGAAAAUUAUCCGAUUAUAUUACAAAUCUUAAACGUUGUGGUAAUGGAAUUGGUGAAUAUCUUUUCGAUCGUCAUUCAUUACAAUAACCAAAACAAAAAGAAGUUUUUAUUUUUUUUACUCUUUAAUUGAAUUAUUAAA